AUGUGCCCUCCCCCAGGCUUCACCAAGGUAAGCGAGGACUCUCACCACGAUGUGGCGCAAAACAACCCUUACGGUCCCAAUCCGGCCGAUUUCUUAUCUAAUGUGGGCCUGUUCCAGUUAAUUGAGUCGACCCUCAGAGAAGGUGAACAGUUUGCCAAUGCUCACUUCGACACAGCCACGAAGAUUGAAAUCGCUAGAGCUCUCGACGACUUUGGUGUCGACUACAUUGAGCUUACCUCGCCCGUUGCCUCGGAACAACUGAGAAAGGAUUGUGAGGCGAUCUGUAAACUCGGGUUGAAGGCGAAGAUUUUGACCCACAUCCGGUGCCACAUGGACGACGCCCGUGUCGCCGUGGAAACCGGGGUUGAUGGUGUCGACGUCGUCAUCGGUACCUCCAAGUUUUUGCGUGAACACUCUCACGGUAAGGACAUGAACUACAUUGCCCAGCUGGCGAUCGAAGUCAUUGAAUUCGUCAAGUCCAAGGGCAUCGAAAUCAGAUUCUCGUCCGAAGACUCGUUCCGGUCGGACAUUGUCGACUUGCUUAACAUCUAUCGUACUGUCGACAAAAUUGGCGUCAACCGUGUCGGUAUCGCUGAUACCGUUGGUUGUGCUAACCCUCGUCAAGUCUAUGAUCUUGUUCGCACUUUGAAGCUGGUUGUCAACUGUGACAUUGAGUGUCACUUCCAUAAUGAUACUGGCUGUGCUAUUGCCAACGCCUACACUGCUCUUGAGGCUGGCGCCAAGCUCAUUGAUGUGUCAGUGCUUGGGAUCGGUGAACGUAACGGGAUCACUCCCUUGGGUGGUUUGAUGGCCCGUAUGAUCGCCGCUGACCGUGACUACGUCCUUUCUAAGUACAAGGUGCAUAAGUUGAGAGACCUUGAAAACUUGGUUGCGAAUGCUGUUCAAGUCAACAUUCCGUUCAACAACCCUAUCACUGGGUUCUGUGCCUUCACCCACAAGGCCGGUAUCCACGCCAAGGCCAUUCUCGCCAACCCCUCGACUUACGAAAUUUUGAACCCCGCCGAUUUCGGGAUGACUCGCUAUAUUCACUUUGCUAAUCGGUUGACUGGUUGGAAUGCCAUCAAACUGAGAGUUGAUCAAUUGAACUUACAUUUGACGGACGACCAAUGCAAGGAAGUGACCGUGAAGAUCAAAAAGUUGGGUGAUAUCAGACAAUUGAACAUUGAUGAUGUUGAUUCUUUGAUCAAGGACUACCAUGCCGAAGUUAACGAGGACACCCCAUCUUCUAAGCGCCCGAAAAAUGACGAAUAA